CCUUGUUUUACAAUUUAUUUAUUGCCUCCUAUAAAUAGAGUGACUCAUGAGUAAGCGUUUUAAUUUUUUUCUAUCACAAAAUUUUCUUGUAGGCAAGAGAGUGAGUGAAGCAGAAGCUAUUAUAGGAAAUAUUAUCAGAUAACCCUACUCCAUCUGCUAUCCACUUGGUUCUCUGGUGUAGGUCAUAUAGAAAUUAACCCCACCCAACAGGGAAAAGAAAAAAGAGAAAAAUUCAAAAAUAUGCUGAAUCCUCAUCAACUAGUUGGAAAUACAAACCUCAACUCAGCCCAAAUCGUCUUUCUGGUAAAUAGACCUUUUGUCCAUGGCCAUCAAAAUACUACUACUUCGCAAGCCAUUCUGUCAAGGCCUUAUAAUUCGUUCCAAAGAAAACACAAACAGCUUCAGAUUUGCUUCAUUAAUCCAGCUGCCAACAUAAAAGCUAUAGCCAGUGCCACCACCGAAGAGGAAGCUGAGGAAGCCAAGGAAGCUGAGGAAGCCAAGGAAGCUGAGGAAGCCAAGGAAGCUGAGAAAGCCAAGGAAGCUGAGAAAGCCAUUAAAGUGAAAGCCGUGGUAACCGUUCAACCAACGGUUGGUGGCUUUUUCAAAAACCUUGGUAUAGACCGAGGGCUUGAUGAUAUUCAAGAUUUGCUCGGUAAAACACUCCAGCUUGAGCUUGUUUGCGCCGACCUUGAUCCUGGAACGGGACAAGAAAAGGAGACGAUAAAAGGGUUCGCCCAAAAGAAAGGUAAAGAGGAGAAAGGGAAAAAGAGAGGGAUAAAGUAUGAGACCACUUUUGAAGUUCCAAUUGAUUUUGGUAAGGUUGGAGCGAUUUUGGUACAGAAUGAGCACCACAAGGAGAUGUACGUAGAGGAUAUUGUUCUUGAUGGAUUCCCUUAUGGUCCUGUACACGUUGUCUGCAAUUCCUGGAUACACUCCAAAUUUGACAAUCCUCAAAAGAGAGUAUUUUUCACUACCAAGUCGUAUUUGCCAUGGGAGACGCCAAGUGGGUUGUGGAGGUUGAGAAAAGAAGAGCUUGAGACUCUCAGAGGGAAUGGGGAAGGAGAGCGAAAGAGCUUCGAAAGAAUCUACGACUACGACGUCUACAACGAUGUCGGCGAUCCCGAUAAGAGCUGGGAUCUCCGCCGCCCCGUCCUCGGCGGCAAAGACCGUCCCUAUCCACGCCGUUGCCGGACCGGUCGACCACCUUGUGAAUCAGAUCCAUUGUCGGAGAAAAGGAGUAAGCGUUUCUAUGUUCCACGAGACGAAUGCUUCUCGGAGAUAAAGCAGCUGACUUUCUCCGCAAAAACUCUCCGCUCGGUUUUGCAUACAUUAGCACCUUCCUUGGGGACAGUAAUGGUGGAUAAAAACCUGGGAUUUCCUUACUUCACAGCCAUUGAUUCCCUUUUCAGCGAAGGGGUGGAUCUGCCUCCCAUUGGAAACGAAGGCUUUCUCAGAACAAUUCUUCCUCGUGUCGUCAAAGCUAUUACCGAUACCGGAGGAGAUGUUUUGCGCUUUGAGACCCCUGAAGCCUUUAACCGGGAUAAGUUUUUCUGGUUUAGGGACGAGGAAUUUGCAAGGCAGACCCUUGCUGGACUCAACCCUUAUAGCAUACGGUUGAUCACGGAAUGGCCAUUAAAGAGUAAACUUGAUCCUGAGAUAUACGGUCCACAGGAAUCAGGAAUCACUACAGAAAUGAUAAAUCAAGAGAUUGGAGGCAUCAUGACCAUCGAUGAGGCCAUGAAGAAAAAGAAGUUGUUCAUCUUAGAUUACCACGACCUUUUGUUACCUUUUGUUAAAAGAGUAAGACAGAUUAAAGGGACAACACUAUAUGGAUCACGAACAAUAUUCUUCCUAAACCCAGAUGGCACAUUGAGACCAUUGGCCAUUGAGCUCACCCGACCACCAAUGGAUGAUAAACCCCAGUGGAAGCAAGUUUUCACACCCUGCAGUUGGCAUUCUACUGGUGUCUGGCUAUGGAGGAUUGCCAAAACUCAUGUUCUCGCCCAUGAUUCUGGUUAUCACCAACUCGUUAGUCACUGGCUAAGAACUCAUUGUGUAACAGAACCUUAUGUAAUUGCCACGAACAGGCAACUUAGUGUGAUGCAUCCAAUCUAUAGACUAUUGCAUCCUCAUUUCCGGUACACGAUAGAGAUCAAUGCUCUUGCACGAGAAGCGCUUAUCAAUGCCGAAGGCACCAUUGAGACUUGUUUUGCACCUGGCAAGUACGCCGGAGAGGUUAGCUCUGUUGCUUAUGACGUUGAAUGGCGCUUCGACUUGCAAGCAUUGCCUGCUGACCUUAUUAGCAGAGGAAUGGCUGUUGAAGACCCAGAAGCCCCACAUGGCCUGAAGCUCACAAUUGAAGAUUACCCUUUUGCAAAUGAUGGUUUACUUCUAUGGGAUGCCAUAAAAGAAUGGGUCUCUAACUAUGUGAACCAUUACUACCCUGAUCCGAGCCAAGUAGAAUCUGAUGAAGAGCUUCAAGCAUGGUGGACAGAGAUCAGAACUAAAGGCCAUGAAGACAAGAAGGAUGAACCAUGGUGGCCUGUGCUUAAAACCUCCAAAGAUCUGAUAGAAAUCAUAACAACAAUUGUAUGGGUAACAUCUGGUCACCAUGCAGCUGUGAACUUCGGACAGUAUACUUAUGCUGGUUAUUUCCCUAACCGACCUACAAUUGCAAGAACUAAUAUGCCAACCGAAGACCCUUCUGAAGAAGAUUGGAAGAGGUUCAUGAAGAAACCAGAAACAGCACUUUUGCAGUGCUUCCCUUCAAAGCUUCAAGCAAUAAGGGUGAUGGCUGUUUUGGACAUUUUGUCUAAUCAUUCUCCGGAUGAGGAAUACCUUGGAGAGACCAUGGAGCAGUCAUGGGCUGAUGAUCCCAUAAUAAAGGCAGCGUUUGAAAGGUUUAAUGAAAGGCUGAAGAUGAUCGAAGGGAUCAUUGAUGAGAGGAACGAAAACACUCAAUUCAAGAACAGAAAUGGAGCUGGAACCUUGCCUUAUGAGCUUUUGAAGCCCUUUUCUCCACCUGGGGUCACUGGAAAGGGUGUUCCCUAUAGCAUCUCCAUUUGAAAUAAUAUUAUUCCCACAUGCUUUUGUGUGAUAAUUAGUUGAAACUAAUUAUCUGGAAGAAAUUAAUAUUGUAGGCAUAAUUAAUUAAUACCUUGAAAAUAUGUCAAAUGUUUGAAACAAAUUUUCAUUAUUAAUAACAUACGCAACCAAUUUCCCCA